CCUACCAAGGGCACUUUGUUAGGGGUGCUGAGGUGGCUCAGCUGCCUGGCCCAGCCCUCCAACCCUGGGCCUGCCCCUCAGCCCGCCCCCAGACUGGGUGGGGUGACCCCCUACAAAAGCUCAGAGUUUCCAGCAGCAGCUUCCUCCGAGAAUCUGGUGCAGCUGGGGGCAGAGUUGAGGAACAGAAUCUUGCUGAACCCUGCCUAGCCCUUUCUGGGGUCAGGAAGUUUGGAGGAUGAAGCCCUUCAGCCCUGAGGUUUCCCUAGAACCACCCUGUGCCAUGGCAGUCCACCUGCUUCCCAUCUACACCCUCUUCCUGACUUUGCUCGACAAAACCCACAGCUCCAGGAGCCCCAUGGUACCCAACCAGCCCUUCACCACCAUCUGGAACGCAAACACCCAGUGGUGCCUGGAGAAAUACGGUGUGGACGUGGAUGUCAGUGUCUUUGAUGUGGUGGCCAACCCCGGGCAGACCUUCCGUGGCCCUGACAUGACCAUUUUCUACAGCUACCAGCUGGGCACCUACCCCUACUACACGUCUACUGGGGUGCCUGUGUUUGGUGGCCUGCCCCAAAAUGCCAGCCUGGAUACCCACCUGGCCCGCUCAUUCCGGGACAUCCUGGCUGCCAUGCCUGCGUCUGACUUCUCAGGGCUGGCAGUCAUCGAUUGGGAGGCAUGGCGCCCACUCUGGGCCUUUAACUGGGACGCCAAGGACAUUUAUCGGCAGCGCUCACGGUCACUGGUGCAGGGGCAGCAUCCCGACUGGCCAGCUCCUUGGGUGGAGGCCGCAGCUAGGGACCAGUUCCAGGAGGCUGCACGGGCCUGGAUGGCAGGCACCCUCAAGCUGGGGCAAGCACUGAGGCCUCGUGGCCUCUGGGGCUUCUAUGGCUUCCCUGACUGCUAUAACUAUGACUUUCUAAGCCCCAACUAUACAGGCCAGUGCCCCCCAGGUAUCUGUGCCCAGAAUGACCAGCUGGGGUGGCUGUGGGGUCAGAGCCGUGCCCUCUACCCCAGCAUCUACAUGCCUGCAGAGCUAGAGGGCACAGGGAAGGGACAGAUGUAUGUGCGGCACCGUGUAGGUGAGGCAUUCCGAGUGGCUGUGGGUGCUGGGGACCCGGAUCUGCCAGUGCUGCCCUAUGCCCAGAUCUUCUACGACGGGACCAACCGCUCUCUGCCCUUGGAUGAGCUGGAGCACAGCCUGGGCGAAAGUGCAGCCCAGGGGGCAGCAGGAGUGGUACUCUGGGUGAGCUGGGAGAACACAAGAACCAAGGAAUCAUGCCAGGCCAUCAAGGAGUAUGUGGACACCACACUGGGGCCCUUUAUCCUCAACGUGACCAGCGGGGCUCUUCUAUGCAGUCAAGCCCUGUGCUCAGGCCAUGGUCGCUGUGCCAGGCGCCCCAGCCACCCUGAGGCCCUCCUCAUCCUCAACCCCACCAGUUUCUCCAUCCAGCCCACACCUGGUGGCGGGCCCUUGACCCUACAAGGUGCCCUCUCACUUGAGGAUCGGAUGCAGAUGGCUGUGGAGUUCAAAUGUCGCUGCUACCAUGGCUGGAAGGGAGCAUGGUGUGAGAUGCAGGACAUGCGGUAAUUGGCCACACUCUAGGAUACAUACAUUGAACAUCUUGUUGAUGUUAAAAAUAAAACUAUUUUACCAGCAAAAA